AUGAAAAAUGGAGCUUUAAUGGCUCAGUUCCUGGAUCGUUUAUCUCCGCGAAGGGGAGACGUAGUGGAGCUAUCACUGACGAACCGCGACGAGUCCGGCAACCCCCAUAACAUUGAUUGUCAUGCUUUAUUGGGCCACGGAGGUGGAGUUGGAAAGUCUGUCCGUAUUUUCUUCGGCAAUGCGGGACCCGAUCUGACCAGUUCUUUCCAUGUCAUUGGAAGUACCUUCAAGAAGGUGUAUCGGGAUAGUGAUGUGCUGAGCCCGCCGAGUCAGUUUGUGCAGACUGUUGGUGUCCCACCGGGGGAUACUACUAUAGUUGACAGGGAGAUGCUCGUGCCGCGGACAUACACGCUCGUGGACCAUGCAAUAUUCCGUCUGGAAAGGGCGCUGUUGGAUAUUUGA